AUGCGUGGCGGUCGUGGCGGCGGUCGCGGCGGCGGUCGCGGAGGACGCCGAGGCGGUUUUGGUGCGCCAUGGUCCGAUGACCUUACAAUGAAGGCCGACUCGCGGCCCGUUGAACUGUUUCCGGCGUACUCUGCGCCGAUGGCGGCUCCAUUGACGCAGCAAGAGUGCCAGGCGGUCGACUAUUUCCUGCUCGUCCGCGAACAGACGCACUCCACUCCCCUGUACACGCAGACGCGGACAUGGAAGAGCCUUGAAGGCGCCGGGAGCGGCGGUCCUGGCGGCGGCGGCGCAUCCGGCAAGGCGUACGGCCAGGACCAGAUCAACCGGCAGUACGGCGUACGCAAUAAGGCGACCGUCGACCCCUUCACGUCUGUACCCAUGUACUCGCACCGGUUCCAGACGACAGAGCGCGCGCUGCCGGACCUGUCCGGGCGCCCGUUCAGCAAAGAGCUGUUCCCGCCCGAGUUGUGGCCCACGCUCGACGGCAACGACGACGGGCGGCUGGGCAAAGGCGGCGCCGGUGCCAAGAACAUGCGCGACCGUGUGCUGGCACUGUCGGACGUGACAUCGCUGCGCACAGCCGAGGACAUUUUCCAGACGAAGAAGGCCGAGGACAGUGCGGACGGCGAGAGCGGAACACACAAGGCGCUGGAGCAACUGGAGAAGUUUAAAAAUGUUGGCCUGGACAACGAAGACAAUGUCGAGUUUGACUUGGUGGAGGAUGAGGGCGACUACGACGAGGUGGAGGACGAGGAGUACGACGACGAUGAGGAGGGCGACUACAACGCGGAAGCAGCCUUUGACAAUGGCGACGACGACGACUAUGGCGACGAAUUUGACGAUGGCGGAGGAGGCGGUGACGAAGGCAUGUAUUAG